CAUAACCCCAACCCUAACCCAUGCCUAAGGCAUAAAACACCAAGACACGUUGAGUCCCUUCUGACCUUUUGCUCUCAUUUUAUAGUAAUGGUAGUAAGAUGGAAUGUCUGAUGGAAGGUCUACAUUUCAGUGUAACUACGAAAGAGAAUGAUAUUUAUCCAAAUCUCGAGAAUGAACAAAAGUUAUGAAAUGUACCACUUUGUCUAACAUCAAUGGUGUUGCAAUGCAGCAGGUUUAUGUUGAUGAGUCAGUAGAGAAUUUCAAUUUCAGUGAAUUUCAAUUUUACACAGCAAAAUAUCUCCACUAGAUGGCACCAUUAUUCUUCUAAGGCUAAGCCAAUCACUGAAUCAACGGCGUUCUGUAGUAUUUUGAUUGAGGAUGUUCUGAAUUGGUUGCUUUAUUUGUGCAGCAUUUACAUUUACAAAAUGGCAUUCGUUUGACAGUUUUGAAAUUACUCAGUCAAUUCUACAAUGCAUGAAGACUGUAAUUCCUAAAAAGAAAAAAAGGUUGUUUUACUAUUAGCCUAGGUUGGUGCAAUGAAUAGACUAUCAUGCACCAACAGGUGGUCUAAAACAAUUCACAGUUCAGAGUCACUAGAUCCAAACAAAUCGGACAGGUAAAACAUAGCAUUCUAAUAUUUUGAGAUACCCGAUUUUGUGUUUUCUUGAGCUGUAAGGCCGUAAUCAUCAAAACUGAAACAAAAAAAAAGGCUCGCAAUAGUUUACUAUGAGUAGCCUAUAACUUCUACUCAUAGUAAACUAUAAUUUCACGAUAUUCAAUUUUUUUUUGAGACCCACCUGUAGGCCUAUGUAGCCUUGGUUAUUGGCAAGAGACUAGACUUGGUACUAUAUCGGCCAUGUACCUGUCAAUCUUUGUCAAUGAGAAUGUUUUUUUUUUUUUUUUGCAUAUUGACAGUGACACACACAACUAAAGGCAAACAAGGAAGUCAUUCCCAAAUUGUAACUUAAGAAACACUGAAUUCAGAGCAAACGAAACUGAAAGAAAAGUGUUGCUUAAGGGGUUCCAGAAGGAACAGAAGAGUUUGUCGUGCUCAGGAAGAAUGGCAGAGGCGAUUUCAAAUAAGCAGGAGCUUUUUACCUGUUCGAUUUGUUUGGAUCUACUGAAGGAUCCAGUGACUCUGAACUGUGGACACAAUUACUGCACGGUCUGCAUUAAGGACUGCUGGGAUCAUCAGGAAGAUCAGAAGGGAGUUUACAGCUGCCCACAAUGCAGACAGACUUUCACCCCGAGACCUACAUUACAUAAAAAUAAUGUUGUUGCUGAGCUUGUGGAACAGUUAAGGAAGACCAGGAUUCAAGAUGCUGCUUCUCCUCAGAGUUUUGCUGGACCUGGAGAUGUGGAGUGUGACAGCUGUACCGGGAGAAAACUCAAAGCCGUCAAGUCCUGCUUGGUGUGUUUGGUGUCGUACUGUGAGACUCAUCUCCAGCGCCAUGAUGAUCUAAUCACAGGAAAAAGACACAACGUGGUUGAUGUCACAGGUCAGCUACAGGACAAGAUCUGCACCCAACAUCAGAAGCUCCUGGAGGUAUUUUGUCGCACGGAUCAGAGUUGUGUUUGUUUGCUCUGUCUGAUGGAUGAACACAAAGGCCAUGACACUGUAUCAGCUGCAACUGAGAGAACGGAGAAACAGAUGGAGUUGGGGGAGAACAAGAGGAGACUCCAGCAGAGACUCCAAGAGAGAGAGAAGGAGUUGCAGGACCUGAGGAAAGCUGUGGAGACUCUCAAGAGCUCUGCACAGACAGCAGUGGAGGACAGUGAGAGGAUCUUCACUGAGAUGAUCCGCUCCAUUGAGAGAAGGCGCUCUGAGGUGAAAGAGCUGAUCAGAGCUCAGGAGAAGGCUGAGUUGAGGCAGGCUGAAGGACUUCAGAAACAACUGGAGCAGGAGAUUGCUGAGCUGAAGAGGAGAGAUGCUGACCUGGAGCAGCUUUCACACACAGAGGACCACAUCCAUUUCCUCAAGACUUUUAAGUCAGUCAGUCACCCACCUCAAUCUAAAGAUCUAUCAGGAAUCACUGUCAACAAAAGAAAAACAUUUGAGACAGUGAAGACAUCUGUCUUGAAACUGAAAAAGCAGCUGAGAGAUAUCUGCAAGCAGGAAAUCAUGAGGAUCUAUGUAGCAGUGAAGAGUAUGGUGAUAGUAAAUGUUGAGAGCACCAACAAAGACUCUAAGAAGACUGAUGCCAACGUGGGCUUUAAGUUUGAUGCCAGCCACUUGACUUUCAACACAGCAAGCACAGCAUCUCCCACUGAUGCCAGUACUGCACCUUCUAAUGAUCCUGCUCAUGCAGUUGCCAACUUCACCUCCAUCACCUCCACCUCUUCAACCGGGCCCCUGAUCUUUGGGAAUCUCCCUGUGACUGAGCCAACCACCUUGGCUCCCUCCGUUCCCCCUGAGAAUAAGGCACUGGCAUUGCCCACAGCUGGGUUCUCGUUUGGGACUGAACCCAUCUUCACCUUCUCUUCAGGAACCACCACUGCUGCUGGCCCUGUGGGCUUCUCUUUCAGCAAGCCUGAAGCAGCUGUUGAACCCGAACCUGUUUUCAUCUUCGGCAAACCUGCAGAGAAGAGUGAGGCAGUGGCCUACUUCACAUUUGGCCUGAGAAGCACAGUGUCUGAUGUCCAGGCUGAUUUUACUGAGCCAGUAACCAGAGAGGAGUUCUUAAAGUACUCCUGUCACUUCACACUGGAUCAAAACACAGCACUCAGAAACCUCCAUCUGUCUGAGGGGAACAGAAGGGUGGAGUGGAUAGCUGAGUGCCAGUCAUAUCCUGAUCACCCAGAGAGAUUUGAUGAGUAUUGUCAGGUGCUGUGUAGAGAGGGUGUGUCUGGACGCUGCUACUGGGAAGUUGAGUGGAGUGGGUGGGUUUAUAUAGCAGUCUCAUAUAAAAGCAUCAGCAGGAAAGGAGUGGGUCAUGAGUGUGGGUUUGGAUAUAAUGAUAAGUCCUGGGGUCUGUACACCUCCAGCUCCUUUUUUAGGCACAAUAAUAAGCAGACUAAACUCCCUCUAGUGGCCAGCUCCAGAAUAGGAGUGUAUGUGGAUCACAGGGCAGGAGCUCUGGCCUUCUACAACAUCUCUGACACAAUGACACUUCUGCACAGAGUGCAGACCAUAUUCACUCACAAACUCUACCCUGGGUUUGGGCUUGGCCCCUAUUCAUCAGUGAAGCUGUUAUGACAGAUAUAUAUAUACGCUGUUAAAAUACAUCUCACACAUCACCCACAUGUAAGGAUGCCAGUGAGUGUGAGAAUCUUUGAUUUCUUGGGUAAAGCAACAGAGGUCACAGCUCUUUAGAGUGCUGCAAAAAGUUCCAUUCAUUAAUGGGUCCUCCCAACGUUUGGAGAUCUGUUAAAUCUAUAUAAUUACCGCUGCAAAAUAUAUAAUGACUGCUGUAAAUGGCAACAGGUUUUGUGCUUUUGAUUCACAUCUUUCAUAUCAUUCCACAAGAAGUCUGUUUACUUAUUGCAAUGGAAUUUCAUUGAAAGUGAAAGUCAGCUAGUAAGACAUUGCCACGCAACACCUGAAACAGUCAAGUUCUAUCUGUGUGGAGGGAAAAUAAUAAGGCAGGAAGUGCAGACCAAAUAAGGUGAAGGGCGGAAACAAAGUCACAAGACAGCAGACAGGUACAUACAGACCACAUGGAUAAAACAACAAGCACAUAAACAUAGAUUAUACAAAAUAGCCACCAGGGUGGCCCAAAGGCAGAUCAAAUUCUGGUACUUCAGGCAGGAUCCUGACACAGUUUAACACUCAGACAUUAUUACUCGGUAUGAUUUUAAAGGGCUGUUAAUCACCUUUCUACUUUUCUUUUCCAAAAAUAUACAGAAUAUUGUCAAAAUGUCAGUUAAGUAAUGUAUGAAAAUGGAUACAUGUGAUUGGAGUUUCAAGCCUGGGGUUGAACUGCACAGCCAAACUCACAACACUUAAGCCUAUUGGUGACAGGCUUAAAAUGUCUGUCACAAGAACUUCUUUUAAGGCAUCUGAAGUUAUGUUUGCUCACUGCUACAGUAUACCUGCUGGCUACUGUUACAGGAGCUUAUACAGUAUAUCUCUGCAAAUGGAGUCUUUGCAUCCUCAUGUUGCAGAGAUGGAAAACAAAGCAAUAGCGUUUACCAUCAUUCAUAAUGCUGAUGAUGAGUCAGAACAUUCCAUAGGUGAUAGUUUAUUUGUGUCGCCUCUAUUUCACAUUUCUUUACAUGUAUUCAUUUGCAUAAAACACCAUCAUGUUGUUUAUAUACACUGUGACUACAUAGGAAAUAACUGUUUACUGUAUGUCUCAUUUUUAUAAAGCAUAAAAUGAGUUAAUUAUUUAUAAAUUAUAUAU